AUCCAUCAUCACCCUGGAGAAGUCCUUUCUGGGGAAUUUAAAGAGUCCAGGAGGCUGUGCAGAGCCUGCAGUCCCUGAGAUACCAGUAGAGAGACAGCCCAGGAGCUGACCUAUAAUUUGGACAAUGCCGAAUUUAGGUGGCGGUGCCAAGUGUGGGGCUUGUGAGAAGACUGUUUACCAUGCUGAGGAGAUCCAGUGUAACGGACGGAGCUUCCACAAGACGUGUUUUACAUGCAUGGUCUGCAGGAAGGCCCUGGACAGCACUACGGUGGCGGCUCAUGAAUCAGAGAUCUACUGCAAAUCUUGCUAUGGGAGGAAGUACGGCCCAAAGGGUUAUGGAUAUGGACAAGGUGCCGGGUGUCUCAGCACAGACACAGGGGAGAGAUUUGGCAUUGAAGUGGCCCAAACCCACCCAGCCCGGGGCUCACCCACCACCACGCACACCUCCAAGUUCUCACAGAAGAUCGGAUCCACAGAUAAAUGCCUGAGGUGUGGUAAAUCGGUCUACGCUGCCGAGAAGGUGAUGGGCGGUGGCAGGCCCUGGCAUAAAACCUGUUUCCGGUGCGCAAUCUGCGGGAAGAGCCUGGACUCCACCACAGUGACCGAGAAGGACGGAGAGAUCUACUGCAAAGUUUGUUAUGCAAAAAACUUUGGUCCAAAGGGGAUUGGAUUUGGAGGCCUCACGCAGGUGGAGCAGAAAGAAGGAUAAACCGCUCAUCCGACCAAUAAGAUUAUAAAACCUGCCUGUUCCUGGAAUGUGGUUAUUUAAUGAGUCUGAGAUUAAUGUCAGUGUCUGGCAAUACCCCAUUCUCCCCAAUCGCUCUGAUCCUGCAAUGCUAGAUGAUAAUAAACCAUUUACACUUA